GGAGUGGUUACGGGGAGGGGUGUGUCGUCGCGAGGAAGGGGAUCAGUCGCGUGUUUGCGUCAUAUGUCAGUCUUGGCUGUCAAUGCAAAAAAAAAAAAGAAAAACACUGGACUUACCAUCAAAAAUAAAAUCAAACUCUCUGAAGUUAGGUGUUACGUCGGAUGAAUUUAAUGGGAUGAAAUUUAUAAAUCUAUGUGCUUCCCGGACGCUGAUUGUUACAAUCUGAAUAAUGAAUAGCGGCACACGGCGCUUGGUGGCAAGGUGGUAAGAGCCAGUGACAUAGGUCUGGGGCUGCUGGAAAUCGAAAUAGAUAUUUAGCUGUUAGAGGCUAGCUAGGAAGACCCAAGGAAGUGCCAAGAAAGUACGAAGACAACAGCGAAGAAGCAAAUAUCGUUUAAACAAAGACAAAUGAAACUGCUACCAGCUGAGAGAUGGAGAUGAGAGAGCUGAGCGUGGUGGUUGGCAGCUUCGUGGGCUUCCAGCUGCUCUUCUCUGUGGCCAGUCCCCGGCUCUCACCGGCCGUGGCCACUGGCUACAGCCGCCUGCCAUCAGCCAAGCGUCCCGAGUGGAACUCCAGGCUGGUGUCCACUGUCCACGCCCUCAUCGUAGGCCUCUUCUGCCUCUACAUCCUGUGGUUCGAUGAUGCCGUCAAUGAGGACCCCGUGUGGGGGGACCCCACGCUGGUCAAGCUCAAUGUGGCAAUAACGUGCGGCUACCUUCUGUAUGACCUCCUGCUACUGGCCUGCAACUGGAGCACCAUGGGAGAUGGCUUCUUCGUGUGCCACCACCUCGCCGCGCUCUACGCUUACGGAUACGUCUUGAAUCGUGGAGUGCUGCCGUAUUUCGCCAACUUCCGCCUCAUUUCGGAGCUGUCUACUCCGUUUGUCAACCAGAGAUGGUUUUUCGAGGUCCUCUCCAUCCCACGCACCAACCGCCUGGUGGUGGCCAACGGUAUGAUGAUGACGCUGGUCUUCUUCCUGGUCCGCAUCGCCGUCAUCCCCUCCUACUACACCCGAGUGGGGGCUACCUUCGGGACCCCUGCCUUCGUCCGCUUGGGAAUGGGACCCCAGGUGGCUUGGAUCGUCUCCAGCGUCUGCUUGGACAUUCUGAACACCAUCUGGAUGUACAGGAUCGCCAGGGGCUGCUACAGGGUCCUGACAGGGCGAGGCAGGGCGGGCAAAGGUGGCCCCGACAUCAAGCAAAACCAUAGCAGUGACCUCAACAAUCACACAGACUGAGGCCGGCGCACGGGAGAUCGAUUCUCUAGGUGUGGUCCCACCCUCAACGAUGAAUGACCUUAACCUUGGGAUUCCUAUCCUAUUAGGCAGUAUUCACGCAUGCCCCCUCCCCUCCUCCCCCUCCUCCCCCUCACUGAUGAGCCAGCCAGCCGCCCACGUCAUCUCAGAUGCCAAGAUGCCUCUCACCCCGUCGCCUUGCCCCCUUCCCGGAGAAGCAACCCAUCCACCUGCAUGCGGGCUUCUGGGACGGCUUAAGCUCAGCUCCACCGUAACGAAACUCCAAGUGCCUGGACAGCUGUACCCGGGGAGGGCCUUAGAAACAGCCAGACUGCGAACCCCCGCGACCCGGACGAGGAGACUGCGGGAGGAGGGGCGGACGGGAAGCCAUUCAGGGAAACUGGGUCGACCUCGUGGCCCACGUCGCCGAGUCCGACGUGAAAGCAGUCAGUCUCAAAAAGCGUCCCUGAAUCCGCUCGCGUCAUACCCGUGAGUCUCUGCUGCUUACCGUCUUCCUCGUGGGGGGAAAAAAUCUCCGACAACGUCUUCCGCUGUCUGUCACACUGCUGACAAAUCUUACAAACCCGCUCUCUCAUCACGCUUCUGAGUUCUUUUGUUUUUUUUGUACGAUCUCAGAUAUUGGGGGCGGGUACAUUUACUCUUCAUACCUCUCAGACUGCUCGUGUGUAUUUUUUUAUGCAUGUUUAGGAUUCUCCUGGACCUCGAGGCUACGAGGGACAGGUGGGCAGGUCGCGCUCUGCCUGCUGAUGUGCUGAACCGUGCUGCGUGUAGGAGAGUCAUUCAGUGUUUCAGAGGGAGUUCUGUCGUAGUAGGGUGUAUGUAAGUUGCGGUGAGGUGGGAAGGUGCCUUGUCAAAGCCGUUUUUGGUGCUUUUCGGUCUUCUGGCCUGAAUUAUAAAGGGAUCUGCUGUGAAGGGAUGUAUCGGUAGUUUUCUUCUCUCUCUCUCUCUCUCUCUCUCUCACUUUUUCUUUCCCUCUUAAAUCAAGUGCUACAGAUUUAUAGAAGAGCAGCAGCUGGGAUGAGGCUAAUCGACACACAUUUUUUUUCCCCCCCAUUCAUUACCACCCAGCACUGGAUGACUGUUAAUUUUGCCUGUUUCGUUUGGCCGUUAUUUUCAGCGCCAAACCCACAUGGUGGAGGAGUGUUGUCAGUUUGGACGGCGGCUAAACGACAGCGUUAAGAGCACGCAGUUAUCCGAGAUACACUUAUCCCCCUGAAAUUUUCUUUAUUAGAAGCGGCAGAGUAAGGUUUUGUAUCCUCAGCCACAGUGAAGGAGGCAGGUGCUGAGAUGCGGGUUUGACAGUUUCACGCUGAUUUUGUAAUGUGGAAGUGGACGCCCCCUAGUGGCUGCCAUUGUGCAGCGGGAUUCCCCCCGAAUUCUCUGGACUGUCUGUCUCUCCUUGGUGGCACGGUGACACCUCAUGCCGUUACCGCUAAUGAACGUGCUUGUCUGGUGUCCCCGGGAUUAACGUGCGGGGCAUGUUUGAGACGUCUGGCUGUACAGCUACGUCCUAAAAAGACGGAGUGAGUGACUGGUUCGUGUCUUGCCUCUAGCUGUUUUGACAUUCACCAUCGGGGUUGUUAAAGCGUGGGGGUGGCGUAUUGGUGUGUUGCACAGAUAUCGUCCAUGAAUACCAGACCUUGCCAUCUUCUGUUAUUUAUUAUCAAACUACAAAUAUAUAUGGUGAAAUUUAAACAUAGAGAAUGUAAAGGGACAGCAUUAGCAACACGGAAAGGACAGGAUGUGCAUCUACUUAUACUGACUCGCUAGAUUUUUCCUUGGAGGAUGUAAAGUAUAUUUUAAAAUAUGGGAAGAUGAGCCAAGCUGAUAAUCAGACUGCGUCCUGCGCAGGACUGGGCUCAGCAUCCUGGCAGUUCUGCUGCUGGUCUGGAGGACACCCGGACCCACAGGCUAGGCGGCAACCUUGACAGAUCGCCCUGCACCCCAGCCUUGUACCGAUCCACGUCUGUCCCAGGUCCUAAAAAUCACAACGGUCUUAUUUUAUUUUAUUUGGGGAAUCGUGAACAAUUCCGCUAACUCAUUUGUAGUAUUACGGUCUUGUAUCUUAAAGGCUACAUCUACUGAGGACCAAGGAUUAUGACCUCAUGAUGUUCUGUCUUGUACAGGCCAAUGGCAUCUCAUACCAUGUCUGAAGACACUGAGAUCACAUAAAUAGGCGGAAUCGAUUUUUUUUAAAAAAUGACACUCUUUUGCCUCAGAUAUCCAGUUAUUCAUAUAGUCAAAUCUAAUAUCCUCAGUAGCCAUUUUAGAAACAUAAAGUACUGCUCCUUCCCGAUUGGAUAAUACUGCAGGUAUCACAUGGGUAGUAAUUCUGGAAACCUGAGCUGUGGUUAUGGCAAAUCCCAGUAACUAGUUCAAACGAGGAGAUCAGAGGGUACUGAACCUCAAGUGACGUCAAGCAAGCUACAGACAGAGCGGUGGUCAGCUGUACAUGCAGUGCGCGUUACAGGUCCUUCCGUGUUUCGGAAGUGCAGUUCUAUUAUACGAUAGAGGCAAAAGCCAGGUCUGGCCUUGCAUGAUACCUAGAUACACCUAAUUUUCACCGUUGUCCAGUUUGAGAGCUCUAAAGGACAAUUUUUACAGUUUGUAAUGUUUUUUUUUUUGCCUUAUGACUGAACAAAAAAACAUCAGAAGAAAGCCUUGCAUUAUUCCAUCAAAAAGGCUUCGUGAAUCCUUUAAAAUGAAUGCAGGUAUGGGCGCUCAAUGUUUAAAAAAAGAAAAAAGAAGAAAAAACUUUUGUUUUACGGCUACCAUUAGACAACAACUAAUAAUAUUGUAACAGAACUCAAGGAAGGGAAUUACUUGAAAUGGAAUUAUAUCAAUAAAUUUGAUCAUUGA